CCGGGCCUCAGCGCGCUGUCCCGGAGCGGCCCCCGGCUCCCAGACAUGACCGCCAUCAUCAAAGAGAUCGUCAGCAGGAACAAAAGGCGCUACCAGGAGGAUGGCUUCGACCUGGACCUGACCUAUAUUUAUCCAAACAUAAUUGCUAUGGGUUUUCCGGCAGAGAGGCUUGAAGGAGUAUACCGGAACAACAUCGAUGAUGUAGUAAGGUUUUUGGAUUCAAAGCAUAAAAACCAUUACAAGAUAUACAAUCUAUGUGCUGAAAGACAUUAUGACACCGCCAAAUUUAACUGCAGAGUUGCACAGUACCCUUUUGAAGACCACAACCCACCACAGCUAGAGCUUAUCAAACCUUUUUGCGAAGAUCUUGACCAAUGGCUAAGUGAAGAUGACAAUCAUGUUGCAGCAAUCCACUGUAAAGCUGGAAAGGGACGAACUGGUGUAAUGAUAUGUGCAUAUUUGUUACAUCGAGGCAAAUUUUUAAAGGCUCAAGAAGCCCUAGAUUUCUAUGGGGAAGUAAGGACCAGAGACAAGAAGGGAGUAACGAUUCCCAGUCAGAGACGCUACGUGUAUUACUAUAGCUACCUGUUAAAGAAUCACCUGGAUUACAGACCAGUGGCACUGCUGUUUCACAAGAUGAUGUUUGAAACAAUUCCCAUGUUCAGCGGCGGAACUUGCAAUCCUCAGUUUGUGGUGUACCAACUAAAGGUAAAGAUAUUCACCUCCUCUUCAGGACCCUCAAGACGUGAAGACAAGUAUAUGUACUUUGAAUUCCCUCAACCUUUGCCGGUAUGCGGUGAUAUCAAAGUGGAAUUCUUCCACAAACAGAACAAGAUGUUGAAAAAGGACAAAAUGUUUCACUUUUGGGUAAAUACAUUCUUCAUAGGACUGGAUGAAAAUUCAGACAAAGUAGAAAACGGAAGUCUAGUUGCAGAUCAGGAACUUGAUGGUAUUUUCAGUACAGAGCGUUCAGAUAAUGAUAAGGAAUAUUUAAUCCUUACAUUAACAAAAAACGAUCUAGACAAAGCAAAUAAAGACAAAGCCAACAGAUACUUCUCUCCAAACUUCAAGGUGAAGCUAUUUUUCACAAAAACAGUAGAAGAGCCAUCAAAUCCAGAGGCUAGCAGUUCAACUUCUGUAACACCAGAUGUUAGUGACAAUGAACCUGAUCAUUAUAGAUACUCUGACACCACUGACUCUGAUCCAGAGAAUGAACCUUUUGAUGAAGAUCAGCAUACACAGAUUACAAAAGUCUGAAUAUUUUUUUUAUCGGAGAUAAAAAAAAAAAAAAAAAAAACACAUGGAGAGUGACAAACUUGAAUAAACUGAAAAAAGGACCUUUUUAAAUGGCAAUAGGACAUAGUGUCAGAUUACCAAUUAUAGGAACAAUUCUUUCCUGACCAAUCUUGUUUUGCCCUAUAAAUAUACAGGGUUUGACACUUGUCCAGUUGGGGGGGGGGAAAGGUUACGUAGCUCUGAUGUGUAUAUACCUUUUUGUGUCAAAAGGACAUUAAAACUUCAAUUAGGAACUAUAAAGAUGGCACUUUCCCAUUUUAUUCCAGUUUUAUAAAAGUGGAGACAGACCUAAUGUGUAUACGUAGGAAUUUUUCCUUUUGUGUUCUGUCACCAGACGAAGUUUCGAAAAAGCGCAAGUAUUCAGGUUCACAUCCUGCCCCUUUUUUUGCACUUAUGUGGCAACAGAAAAGUCUGCAGUUGGCUAAGAGAAGUCUCUAGAAGGUUUUAUUACAUUCUAAUGCAUGUAUUUUGGAUGGGGGAUGGAAAGUAAUGCUCAGAAAGGAAUAUAGUCUGCUGGAGCUUGGCCUGGGUACCAUAUCCAGCUAUUUACAUGCACCUUUCUUUAGCAUGCUACCGCGAUUCAUCCUGGACAAUUGAAGAGUUGGCCGCUGUCACUGCUUGUUGUUUGUGCAUUUUAUUUUAUUUUUAUUUUUAUUUUAAGUGUAAUGGUGCUAGAAAAGGCAGCUAGAGGGAGUGAUUCUGUAUAGGGGUACAGGAAUGAACCUUCACAACAUCCUAAAGACCCAUAAAUGAAGGGAUAAAAAUUAUUGGGGUCACAGAAAAAGAAACACAGCAACAAUGACUUAACCAUACAAAUGUGGAGGCUAUCAACUAAAAUACAGGCUUGAAACAAAUUGUUACAAAAUUUGACAAUGAUUUAUUAAUUUUUUUCCGAAAUGUAAUGGCUGCUCCAUCUCCUGUGUAAUCAAGGCCAGUGCAAAAAGUCAGAUGCUAUGUUAGUACAUACAUCAGUCAACACCUUACAUUUAUAUUAUUAGUUUUUCAAUCAUAUUCCUGCUGUGAAUACUUCGUGUACUGCCUUGCAAGCUUUUUCUCAUUAAUAUAAAAAUAUUUUGUAAUGGUGCACAGGAAACUUCAAUUGGAGAUUCUCCAGGUUAGUGUUUAUUUUGAAGAUUUAUGAUGCAUUUAUUCAAUCAAACCUCUGUCAGCUGUUCCACCCCUUUGACCUUACACAUUCUAUUACAAUGAGUUUUGCAGUUUUGCACACUUGUUAAAAAAUGUCAUUAACUGUUAGGGGAUCUUACUUGAAUACUCAGUACCAACGAUGUUUUAGAAAGAAAUAUUGCACAUGAUAUAGAGGAAAGCAGUGUUGCAGUAAGUGCUCAACACUGCACAUAAAUGAAGAUGUGUACUUAUUAAAACCAGAAUUUGUCCCAAAUAUGUUGCUUGCUAUUAAAAAAAAAAAAAAAAAAAAAAAAAAAGGUUUUCUAAUCUCACAAUGUUGUUUGCUCCUAGGGAUAUAGCCAGGAGUAGGGAUUUGAGUAUACUUUCAGUAUAUAAUUGACAUGCCCAGACUGCAGAUGACUUAGAGUACAACUACUGUUGUAUAUAAAUGUGAAGUAGCUGACAAAAUUGUAAAAUUGUACACCAUGAAGAGCCGUCCCCAAGUUCACACUUCUUUAGGAUGCUUUAAAAAAAGAAAACCCAUUUAAUUAAUAUAUUGGUGCUGACAUUGAAAUUCAUUAGCUGUGUUCUCGCCUAGAGAAUUAUGUAUGGAUUCAAUAAGAGCCCUGUACAACAGCAUUAAUGGUAAGAAUUUGACUAAGACAAGGCAGGAUUUCCAUUAACUACUCUUGGUAAACGAAGGUAUAAAAAUUUUUUUUUUAUUACUAUUUUUUUUGCUAUCUGUUGGUCAGUUUUGCUCCUCAGAUCCAUGACUCUAACUUCUAACAAAGCCGGUAAAUAUGUUCUGACUUGUAGGUUUUAAUUAGACUUUUAAUGUCUUAACGGAUCAAGAUCGCUGGUUCCAGCCCUCGUUAUUGCUGAGCAGGAGGUGGUUACCUUGAGACGUGACACUUAACUCGUACCCUUUGAAUCAUGUUUCACCCUGUCUGUUUUUAACAGUUGAAAGUUGUGUUGGCUAAUAAACAAAAAUGUUCAUGCUUUAAAAAUCUGUGGAUAUUGACACUGGUCUGUGUCCCGCUUUUGGACUCGUGAUAAGAAAAUUGGAUUGGAGAGGUUCCAGUACGUAACGCUGAGGGCCGGAUUGGAAAUAAUGACGCGAUGGGCUUUUGCACUGUUUUUUUUUUUUCCUUUGGAAUGUGAAGGUUGGAAUGAGGGUUUUGAUUUUGAAUGUUUCGGUGUUUCUGAGAAGCCUUGCUUACAUUUUAUGGUGUAGUCAUUGGAAAUGAAAAAAUGGCAUUAUAUAUAUAUAUAUAUAUAUAUAUAUAAAAUAUAUAUAUAAAUAUAUAUUAUACAUACUCUCCUAUACUUUAUUUCAGUUACCACCCCCCAUAGAAGUUGACAAGAAUUACUAUGACUGAAAGGUUUUUGAGUCCUUAUUAAAACUUUAUUUAUGACAGUAUUCAUAAUUAGCUUGAAAUGCAUUCUGUAGGUAAUCUCUCCUUGAGUUUCUGGACUGUACGCUUAAACUUUUGGAUGUGCAACAGCUUACGUGUCAGAAACUACUUGAAGGCAUAAUUUCUGUAAGAGCUUACUGGUCAGUCCCCGAAGCAUCCCUAGUCACUGGUAGCCCCACUCAAAAUAUUUGCCAUGGCUAUUAAAGGGCAGUUGUAUAAAGAGCAUCCGGAUUCCUUCCCGUGGCAUGCGUUGUAAACCGAAGUGGAGUUUACGUGCAGCACCAAAUGUUUCAGCUUUACCGAAAACAAAAAAAUAAGAAAUUCAAAAUAAGGAUGCUAGUGUGCGAGUUCCGUGUUCAGUCAUAGCAAAUGUGUGCAAUAUGUUAACGAUGCCUGUGGUUGCCACGAAGUGCCUCGUUUACUUUUUUUUUUUUUUUUUUUUUUUUUUUGUUUAAAUUCUGUUAGGAAGCAUCAUGCAUGUGGAUGGACGGGGUGGAACUGUGCACUAAAAGGGGCUCCAACUGCAGCGGUCGGCAGAGCUGCCUUUCUCUGCCAGUUCAAAUUUUCAGUCUUGUUUUCAUAUAGCAUAUAUAUAUAUAUAUACAUAUAUAUAUAUAUAUAUAGAUAGAUAGAUACUAAAAGAGGAAAAAAAAAUCAGUCUGUUAAGCAGCCUUACUCUGAUUCAGCCUCUUCAAAUACUAUUGUGCUGUGCAACAGUGGCUCUGUGUGUAAUGCUAUGCACUGAGGAUACACAAAAAACCAAGUAUGACAUGUACAGGAUAAUGCCUCAUACAAAUCAGAUGUCCGUUUGUUAUUGUGUUUAACAACCCUUUAUCUCUUAGUGUUAAAACUCCACUUAAAACUGAUUAAAGUCUCAUUCUUGUC